AUGCAGAGCAGUGACACCUCGUUCUCCGGGCGGUGGCAGGGCGAGGAGAGCCGGCACCGCAGCCAGUGCCUGCAGGUGGGGAACGCCUACGUCAUCGUCUACUCCAUCACCGACCGGAGCAGCUUUAAGAGCGCCUCGGAGCUGCGCAUCCAGCUGCGCCGUGCCCGGCAGGCCGAGGACAUCCCCAUCAUCCUGGUGGGCAACAAAACCGACCUGGUGCGGUGCCGCGAGGUCUCCGUCGAAGAGGGCCGUGCCUGUGCCGUGGUGUUCGACUGCAAGUUCAUCGAGACGUCGGCCACUCUGCAGCACAACGUGGCCGAGCUCUUCGAGGGGGUGGUGCGGCAGAUCCGCCUGCGCCAGGGGGGCAAGGAGGCCCGUGCGCCCCCCGGGCCCGGCCACAGGCGCAAGGAGAGCCUCACCAAGAGAGCCCGGCGCUUCCUCGACAGGCUGGUGGCCAAGAACAACAGCAAAGUGGCCCUCAAAGUCCGCUCCAAGUCCUGCCACGACCUGUCCGUGCUCUGAGAGCCGCCACCUGCCCGUCCCUCUGCACACGCAGGCUAGAGACUGUCCUCUCUGCCCAUGGUGGCUCCACGGGUGCAAGGAGAGCCCAGAUGGGGCCAGAGCGAUGCUGAGGACGUGGAGCUGUUUUAACCGGUGCUGAGGGAUGCUCGGGGUGCUCUGGGUCCAGCCGCUUCCCCCUCCAGGAGAAGUGGUGCCAGGUCCCCUGGGCUGCACCCACGGAGCAGAGGGUGGGAUGGGCACCUACACUUGGGGUGGUGGGAUCCUGGAUUACAGACGUUCCUGGGGAGCCAGAGGUGAGGGGUGGCCGUGCUCCGGUGCAGGGCUGCCUGCAGGGCUGGAGCAGCUCCGGAGGCUGCAGGACGCGUGGCUGGUCCUACUCGUGGUGCCUCUUCUUUGCAAGGUGGCAGGGACCAGAGAGGGCACCAUCGUGGUGUCCACCUCGAGGACAGUCCUGGAGCUGGCUGGGGAGAGGGGCUGGGGGAGCACGGACAGCAUCACCUGGCACCCGCCCUCUCCACACCAGGGCUUCGUGCUGCGUCUCCCUGGCACCAGAGCUUCUUGGACUAAGGUUUUCCUUUACUGGUGCAAUGAGGGAAACCCUCAAUCUCCGGAAUAAACUGCAUCAGGGAGGUGCUGGUCUCCACUGGGUCCCUGUCAUGGGGAGCUCUGAACUGGGGCUGCGUGUCCAGAUUCAAACCCAGUUCAUUGCUCACAGCUGGGGCAGGGAACCUGCCUCCUGCUCCAGCUUCCCCAGACAAAACACCUCAAGGCAGGAAGAUCCUUCAUCCACCUUUGACAGAAGUCUCUGUUCCUCACCCAGUGGUCACAGCAUUGUCCCCUGCCAUGGCAGAAGCCCCCAGCCCCUCUGCAUCUCCCAGAUCCUGAGUGGUGCUGGAAAAGCUUCUGGGAAGGGCUGAGCUCUAACCCCCUGAGCCCCACAGGACCCACAGCCUGGGCAAGGAGCAGGGUGCCCGGUGGCUCCCGGUGCCCUGGGAAGGGGCAGGGAGACAGGAGCCAAGCAGCACGGUAUGGGCAGCAGCGUGGCACAGCCGGGAAGGGACGUGCUUGGCUGCAGGGAGCAGCGAGUGACCCCGAGCACCCGGGGAGGCGAUGCUGGAGCUCCGUGGGCUCUGCUGGUUGUUUUUUAGGCUGCGCUGCCGG